GAAAGUAGAAUUUCAGAGAGAAAGGUACUGUCUGGAGUCCCUCUCUGAAGAGGUGAAUCAUGAAGAAGAAACAAAAAAGGAAACAUCUGGAAAGCCCAUCGUCCCCCGCAAAUGCCAAAAAGUCAAGAGGUAUGUGUUAAGCAUAUUCCCUGAGAAUAAGAAGAUCUGGAGAAUCAACAAAAGGCAGCGGCCUCAAAUUCAGUCCAGAUGACAAAGAAGGCUUCAUCUUCUUCCUCAGAGUAUUUCUCCAGCAACUCUUUGGAAAACAAGCUCACUGGUACUGAAUUCAAGACCACCCAGGAGGAUGCAGCCCAUCCUAAGUCCUCUGCCGUGGUCCCUCCUGGUGGUGAGGCAGCAGAACAACAAUCCUCUGCCUCACAGUACUACUCCUGUUUCUCCUCCUUAUCUCAAAUCAUUCAGGAUAAUGAGGAUGGAGCUCCUCAAACAGACCAGCUUGUUUCUUGUUCCAAGAAAUGUGAGACUUCUUCACACUUUCUAUAUAGCUCCUUUACUUUGCAACUGGCUAAUGAUCCUAAGCCUUCUGUGUCCUCUGCAAACACAGAAGAGGAAACAUUCAUGAAUGUCUACUAUAUGAAUGUAAGAACAAAAAGGGGGGUGGCUGUCCUCAAUGAUGAGCAAGAAAGCCUGGAGCCUCCCACCAAAAAAACAAAAAAAGAAAAAAAGACCUUUUCUGAUCUCCAGGGAGCAGUCACCCCCUCUUGCACUACUAAGGAGCCACCAACUUGCAGUGCAUCCAGGCAUACAGUAGAAGAGCAGGAGAAAGGGAAGGAGGCUGACAGUCCACCAGUGCCUCCAGCUGCCGAGGAAUAUCCCAGGGCCAAGACGCCUGAAUGGCUCGUGGCCCUUAAUAGUGGCUUCAGGUGCAUGGCCUGCUGCCGGGUCUUUCCCAGCUUGGAGGUCCUCCAGGAAUACGUGAAGCAUGGAGUCCGUGAGGGCUUCAGCUGCCAUACUUUCCAUCUGACCUUGACUUUGCUGAAGAGAAAGAAAAGGGUAGAGAAGGAAAAGAGUAGGCAGACAAAGAAUACUAAGAAUACUGGCAUAUAGAUGCCAGCAAGUGAAAAAUUUUGGCCUGAAGUUGUCUUCAUACAAAUAAACAGAACUCUUUCUAGCCCCUCCAGCAGAAGCAGUAGAGUAGGCCAGACUCUACUGAGAGGGGCUUCAUCUUCUCUAAGAAGCCCUAGGACCCAUUUUUGUUUAUGCACAUCCACCACCACCACCACUCCCAGCACACCACCACCAGGAGCAGACAACCCCUUUCAACUAUCUCCACUGCUCUCCCAAGAAGGAGGGAGAAGAAGGCAGUUCACACCACGCAGAACUGCAAGAUGGUCUCAUACAAACUAAAGAGCAAUGACCACUCACAUAUCAUCUCUACCUGAAAAAAGGAGACUGACUGAAGGGGAAACUGCUGGGGGCCGGAUUGUAGAAGAGCAACACAGACCCACUGGCCCAAAGAUUUCAAAUGAUGGUGUCCAGCA